AUGCAGCGAGCCGCUGCGCAGGUGACCUUAUUGCUGCUGCACGCAUCCCCAGAUGAUGUGCGCAGUGAACUGCUCCACGCCAAGAUCUUCGCUCUUCUUCUUGGCGACCAGUACCGGUCCCACGCCGGCAAGCUCUUCGAGUUCCUGAACGGCGCCUUUGUGCAAUCCUUCCACAACACCAUUUCAUCUUGCCACUUGGACUUCUUGCUCGGCGCGCUGAGAAGGGCUCAAGCGUAUUACUUGGUCUUUGGCAAGCUAGAGGACCGCCAAGCGCUCGAGAAUGCGAUCUUUGAGGUGCGUGUCAUACUGAGCACAGGCGAGGAGCAAACGCUCCUUGAGUGGCAGAUGACUGAUCUGCUUGGGCGUAAAGCUGAGAUGAAGGCCAAGUUGUGGUUCUACGGCUUGAGUGAACUCUGUCGAAACAUGGUGAAGAAUUUCCACCGCUGGGCGGAGAGCAGCUACGACGCCUGCAAGCAGCCGGGUGUUGCGUUCCAGGAUGCUUACAUCUCCACGGCAGAUGGUGACAUCAAGCAGCUCCGAAAGGAUCCGCGGCACGGGUGCUACGUGCAGGUCUCGCACCAAAUCGUGUUCAGGCCAUCAGACGUGAGUCGGCGCCGGCUGGCCUCUAUGCUUCUGGCGUCUUUCUCUGGCGGUGAUGGCUUGGAGAGGCUCCUUGCGCAGAGUGCUCUUGCUCUUUCCGGGAUGCGCCAGCCGGACGUCAUGAACGUCUUUUUUGGCGCAGGCAUGGAAGGCAAGAGCCUGAUCCUGGUCGAUCUCAUGGCAGCGUGCUGGGGAAGUGGAUUUGGCAAUCCUCCGGGCACUAUGCUCCAAGUUGAGCGGGAGUUUCAGCAACAGGGGCUGAAAUACUUGCAUUGCGCCAUGCUGACAUUUGACGAGUGCCGUCGAGACCAGGGUAUUGUUGAGGACGUUGUGAAGUUGUUCAUUGGCAACGGCAUCUUGCCUCUGCGGCGGAACCAUGAGGCUGAAACCAAGGAUGGCUCCUAUGCCUACUGCGGCAAGAACUGGUGCAUGAACUUGGGCGAUGUGCCUGCCAUUCCAACGGCAUUGGAGAGGUCGCAUUCCCGCCGGUUUCGAGGCGUCUUCAUGCGCGCCAGCAUGACAACGCAGGUGGAGUCUGUGGAUGUAGCCUCCAAGAAGUUCUUGGCCGACGAAGACGCAAAGGGCUUCAUGUCUUCAGGCGAUGCUGUCUGGCCCUUCUUCCAAGACUUCUUGUUCAAGUACAUGCGGCAGAGUGGCCCACGCCAGUGGUACAGGGUUCUCGACUACGUCAAGCCGGGUUCGCAGACGGAGAAGGACACUGCUUGGCUCUUGCAGAAGAUGGCCCGCGUGACCACCGCAACACAUCCUGACGCGCCUGGUGAUGCUCCAGCGCCUCUUGGGGCCGGCCUGGAAGAGCGAGCUGAGUCUCGCGCCGUCCGGAUAGUGCAGGAAACGCACGCCGCCUUGACCUCUUCUGCGCUGACAGCCCACUCGGUGAACAGAUGCAGCCACGUGCAGGCCAACCCCGGCGGAGAUGGCAGCAAGUCAUCGAAGCACAGAAGCCGUGCAGAGUUCCUACAGGAUGCAAUUGCGGAGUUUCCCUAUCUGCUACGACGGGCCCCAGAAGAUCGCAGAGGCAGUGUGAAGUUUCUUCGCCGGCCCGUGGAUGUAGGGAAGAUGAUGGCUGUUCUGGAAGAGGCAGGUUGUUGCGUGUCUGACUGCGACAUGGCAGGCGUCUUCGGCACCUGGAAAGAUUGGACCUGGCCUUCGGAGCUUACCGGGGAGCGUGCGGGGGACGAGGUGAAUGAGUGCGAGGAGCAUGGUUUUGCAGAUGGCCCGCACUGGGACUUUAUGUUCCGAGUGGAUGUGGAGUCGUUCGAGAAGUAUGUUGCUGAAGGCAAAGACUCUCGACCACAGCAGGUGGCAGAGUACAUGCGGCUUAUUUCCAGCCAUGUUGAGAGAGAUGAGUGUGGCAUGUUCAUGCGCCACCGUGGAGUGCAGAAAGUUGUGGCUGGGCAGCCCUUAGGCCGUUACUACUUCCCAGCACUUAGCCCUCCAAAUUUGUCUAGAGCUGCUCGCGCUGCCUUGUUCCCAGCUGGGAGCUAUGAGUUUGACCAGCCCACAGCAGUUGUGCACUUCAUGCUUGAAAGAGCUGAAGAGUUGGGUGUUUGCGCUUGCCUGCUUGAGAAGUACAAGACGCACAAGGCACAGUGGCGUGAGGCCGUCCAGCGCUACUUUGACUUGCCCAGCCUUGCAGAUGCCAAAACACUUCUUCAGAAGGCUACGUUUGGGUUUGCGCACCCUCUCGAUGGCAAGGAUGCCUUGGGAGUGUUGCCAAUCCUAGAAGGUCUUGCGUAUGAAAGCUUCGCACUCCGAAAGGCUUUGUGUCAACAGAACGCAGCUGUUCUUGAGGCUGCCGUAGCGGCCGGCAAGAGGAGACCAGAAACCAGCACCAUGGCCAUGCUGCUUUUUGAUGACCAAGCCAAGGUGACUCGCUCUAUGCUGGGGUAUAUCAUGAGCGGAGAGUUUGCUGGCGCAGCGGGGGUGGCGAUGGCGCCGGUGACUUCACGUCAGGAGCUGAGGCGACCCGUGCACUUUCUGGACAAGGCGAAGGUGGCAAGGAUGAGGGCCUUUGCAACCACUCGCAAGUCUGCCUGGGUGAAGGAGGCUGCCAGGCGAGAGGAGAUGGCGCGGAAGCGCGGGUGCGAGAGGGCUCAGCAGAAAGUGAAGCGCACUGUCUUCACCAAGCAGAAGCAGAGGAAGCUGCGGCAGCGCCGCAAGCCCGCCCAGACCCAAGAGGUGAGCUUGCGCGGGCUACAUGUUCAGUGGCCCUUCUCCCAGCUGCUGUUGGCGGGCUACAAGACACAGGAGGUGCGGGGCUAUGCCUUGGGCCACCUCAACAUCGCGCAUGCGAAUGAGGAGAUGUGGCUGGUGGAAACGCGCGGAGGUGCAUCCACGGCGAGCUACUCUGCUUGCAUCCCGGAGGGCUUUCACGUCCCUCCCCGACCAAAAGGGGCGCAGAUUGUGGGCACGAUCCGGUUCAGCGAGGCGGUAAAACUCACCGAUGGGAUUUCCUUUGCUGCGGCAAGGGCAGCUCACUGCGUUCGCCAGGGCAGCAAGUUUGACUGGUGCGGCACGCCAGUCUUUGCUUGGAAAGUGGCGGCCGUCAGAUCUCUUGCCUACACAGUAGCCGCCCCAGAAGGAAGAAGCCAAGUAGGAUACGCCAAGCCUGUGAAAGUGCAGGUGGCGUUCAGGUGA